UCUCAAUUCCUCAUAAGUGGGGCUAUUACUGACUUGAUUGGUUGUUUUUUUAUCUUGUAAUCGAAGCUUGCCGCGUUGAAUCGGGGAUGGGAUUGUCAGCUUUGUAUUGCAAGGUUAAGAACUGAUUUAUGCAUCGAUUAAGAGUUAAGACUUUUUGGUAUUCAUCCAGUUAUGAACCUUGUGGUAUCCUAGAGAAAUUGUUGGGGAAAUGGCUAUAAACGAUACUUCUCAUGUACAAAGGAUUUAUAAGGGGUUUGCAACCGUCCUCAAGUCCGCUGCUUGUGAAUGUUUUCUGAUCGUUCUGCUGUUUGUUGAUGCUUCCUUAUCUUACCUGCUGACGAGAUUUGCCCAUUAUUGUGGAUUGCAAUCGCCUUGCAUUGUAUGCUCUCGGCUUGAUCAUGUUUUCAGAAGUGAAGAACCCGGAUAUUAUUGGAAUCUGUUUUGCAGCAAGCAUAGAUCAGAGAUUUCAUUGUUGAUUGCCUGCAACAUUCAUGGGAAGCUGGUUGACGGUCGUAGUGUGUGUGAGAAUUGUCUCUCAUCACACAUUGAGGAUACCAAAUCCUACUCAUAUAUGCAGAGGGUUUCUUUAGGAAACUUGGGGGUUGAUCCUGCAGGUUUUGGAUAUUACGUGUGUCUAUGUUGUAAUGAACCUUGGACUCCAGGGCAAAACGCCCAAGGAUUAUCCCCCCUAAAAUCACGUGGCAUUGCGGUUGCAAAGUCAAACAUUAAUUUUCCACGUUGUUUAAGAAGUCGAAGUGGUAUGAAGAAGAUAAAGGAGAAGUCUUCUGCACCAGUGGAGGCUUGUUUUGGAAAAACUGGAUUUGAUCCUCCAUCUCAUGAUGGAUACACUGAGCUGAAGAUCACUUCUGAAUCAGAGCAUGAGAUUCCAUUUUCUGAAGACGAGGUUAGCAGUUGUAUGGUUCCUGAUACGUAUAAGAGUAAAAAAGAUUCUCUAGUUCAAUCUGCUCCGGAAGCUCCAUCUAAAAGACUAUGCAGCAAUUCGGCUAGAAGAAAACAGUCUGAUGCUAAUGAGCACUAUGAUGUAACAUGUUUGCCUCCUGAUGUCCUCAGCGACAAUGAUGCAUGUGACAGUAACGAGCAGCUGGCUGAUCAGAAAUCCAAUCGUUCGAUUUUUCCGGAGGUUAUUUCUCUAGAUGAUAUUCCUGCAUCAUCCUGCCUUGAGAAAGUUGAUAAGCCCACGUCAAUUGAUGUUACAGAAAAUCCUUAUGAAACAUCAUUGAGAAAGUUGGCAGAUGUUACUGAAGCAAGUAAAAAUGAAAAUAUUCCUAUCAACAAGGACAGAGCCCUGAAGUUGAUAAGCAAAUCAUCUGGAGCUGAUUUUGAAACUGAUCGAGUUGUAGAUGAUAUUGCUGUGGUACAUCCUCGUGUUGUGUAUAUGCCACCUGUCUGUGGUGAAGAAAAAAGUGAACCUAUGUUUGUUAUGGAAGAACCUAUGCCGACAUAUAAUAAUGGAGUUAACAAAGAUCGGUCAUUGCCAGAUCAGUAUUCUUCGGGAGAAGGGAUUCAAUUAUCAUUUAACAAUUGUCCCGAGUUGCAAGAUAAUAGCGAUGACUUUGAUGAGGAGACUAAUGAAUCCAAUCCUUAUGGAACAACUGACGAAUCCAAUCAUUAUGGGGUUCAGAGUUUUGAUAACUACUUCAUUCAAAGAAGUGAUUUUGGCAGCCUUGAAUCUUUGCAUGAAAGCACUUUCAAUGAAAUUGAAGGUGAAGAUCCAGUCGAUAGGCUGAAACGGCAAAAUGAGCAUUACCGGAAGUGUGUGAAUGACUUACACAAGGAAUUCGAGGAAGAAAGAAAUGCCUCUGCGAUAGCUGCCAACCAGGCCAUGGCUAUGAUUACAAGGUUGCAAGAAGAAAAGUCGGCACUCCAGAUGGAGACCCUGCAUUACCUAAGGAUGAUGGAUGAGCAAGCUGAUCACAAUGGAGAUGCCCUGGAUAAAGCUAAUGAUCUUCUGUCAGAAAAGGAGAAAGAAAUACAAGAUCUGGAAGCAGAGCUUGAAUUUUACAGAUUAAACAUAACAGAUGAAGCACUGAUGGAGAUUUUACCUGAGGCAAGCAUCAACUUAAUGAAUAGACAGGCUUCUAUGGAGAGUACGACUACAUCUUCCGUAAAGGAUGAUAAUCUUGUUGCCAAAUCUGCAUGGUCACAAUGUGAAGAAGAGAAAUUAUACAUCUAUGAACGUCUGCGAGAUUUGGAGAUGAGAGUUAUCGGGUUUGCUCAUCACGUGACUUCACCACACAUUUCUGAUGGGGAAUACUUUGAUACAGAAGCAAACGGAGACCAACAUCUGCAAGAGUCCAUUGAUGAAAAGGAUGAACAUGCAAAUCCUGAGGUGGAAGGUAAUGACGUGCUAGUGCAGAAAGCUUCAUCAGUGUCUAAUGGAAGUGUUCCUUCUCAGGAACAGUCAAAUACUUCAAUAAGUAAAGAUCAAGUGGUUAGUAAGGGAAACAAUCAUUCCGUUUCCAAUGGACUGAAGGGUUCUGAGGAUUGCAACAAAACUGAUUUGGUCAGUCUUCAAAACGAAAUUUCCGACCUUCAUGAGAAGUUGGAAGCACUAGUGGCCGACUGUAAAUUUCUUGAGGAUUGUCUAAAAUCUCUUCAAGAUGGAAAUGAGGGGCGGAUUUUUAUUCAAGGGAUACUCCAGGAGUUACGAGAAUUGAGGAAACUUGGGUUAAGGAGUAGGAACAUGUCUCUUUCAUGAGGUUUUUGUGUAUCAUUACACGAUGCAUCCACACUGAGGAUAAAGUGGCCAGCUUGAAGUUUGAUUCAAAAGUUGCAGCCUUGCAGGAUCUCAGCUUACCACGAAAUUGUGAAAUACCCGGAUCAGGUUUUACACUUUCCACCUGUGUUAUCCCGACUCUUUAUUUCGUUUAAAGUAUCCACAUUCAAUAUUUGUGCGACAAAUAUUCGAAUAUGGAUGUCGGGAUUUGGACCUCCAAUUAUAUGGGAGCAAAAAAAACUUCGAACAGUUGAGUAUACCAUGUCGGAUAUAUACUCGUAUCUCUCACUUACUCGAGUCCAAGUAACACUGCUAUGUGGGAGUAAAACUGUAAAAGUAAUUUAUUUUUCAUUGCUUUGGCAAGGGUUACAUUUGUGGUAUUUUUUUUGAAGCACUGUGUGACUAGGUUUUAAAGUGGGUGAUUUUUUAGUCUCAUUUUACUUCAAUUUUAAAAAAAAUAUAUUUGUUUAUUUAUUUAUUUUUGA